AAAGCCCAAAGAAAAGGAAGCAAAAACAAAAUAGAUUUUGCAAAGAACCACCAGAUGGGUAUGGGAUUUUGUAGAAAAAAGUUUGAAAUUUUGUGACUCUUAACGGCCUUGGACCAUGUUCUUGCCUUCAUCAACCAAUCUUUAUGCCUUCAUCAACUCUAACAAUCACAUAAUUUCGGGUUAAGACUGGAAAAUGCAGAGAGGAAGUGAAAUAACAGAGGAGGAUUAGACUGUUUUAAGGGGGUAAAGAAUUGUGUCUAUGAGAGAGACUCUUCAAGGUUUUGAAGAAGUCUUGGACUGAGGCCCAGGCUGAGGCCCAGGCUUUUGAAGAAAUUUUGCAGAUGGCGUUGAUGUGAUUAUCAUCUCCAUGGGAGUUGAUGAUAUGCCAUUAGAAACUAAUCCAAUCGCAAUAGCGUCAUUUCGUGCUGUGAAGAAGGGUGUGGUGGUUUCGACUUCAGCAGGAAAUAAUGGUCCAGCCCUUGGGACAGUACACAACGGGUUUCGUUGGGUCUUGACUGACACGGUCGGCUCCGUUGAUCGUUGGUUCGUCGGAUAUCUGACUCUUGGAACCGGUGAAGCCAUUAUUGGAUGGACCAUGUUCCCAAGCAACACCUUAUUGCAAGACUUACCACUGGUGUAUGAUUUUCAUUUGGCAACAAUGGAGAAAAUGAAAAAGGAGAAGCAGUGAUAGGCGUGGACAAAAAUCUUGGAACAGAUCUGAACCCUUCAAUUUUGUAGUUAAAUCUGAGCCAUUCACUUUUUUUUACAGCAUGUGUAGUUAAAACUACAGCACACAAGCUGGAUCCUACCCAAACAUGCCCUAAAUGACCAGCAACCCCUAGUCACCACCAUAGUCAACUACUUCAGCAUUUGUCAGACAUUGUUUCUUCAUCAAUGGCGGCUACGUACUUCUUCUCCCACUCCCCAACCCUCCCCAAAACCCUAAAAUCCCCUCUAAACCAAAACCCAUUUUCCCAAAUUCCAGUUUUACCUCUCAAACCCACCCCAAGGCUGCUCUCCCUCAGAGCCGUCCUCUCCCAAAACCCCACCAAAACUCCAACUCAGACCACCCCAUUUCACCACUGUUUCACCAAAUCCUCAGAUGGUUAUCUCUACUGUGAGGGCCUCAAGGUCCAGGACGUUAUGGAGUCCGUGGAAAGGAGGCCUUUUUAUCUCUACAGCAAGCCCCAGAUUACCAGGAAUGUCGUGGCCUAUAAGGAGGCAUUGGAGGGGCUGAGCUCCAUUAUUGGGUACGCCAUCAAAGCCAACAAUAACUUGAAGAUUCUGGAGCAUUUGAGGCAGCUUGGUUGCGGCGCCGUGCUCGUUAGUGGCAAUGAGCUGAGGCUGGCUCUCCAUGCGGGGUUUGAUCCCACUAGGUGUAUUUUUAAUGGGAAUGGGAAAAUCUUGGAUGAUUUGGUAUUAGCUGCCGAAAACGGUGUCUUUGUUAAUGUUGAUAGUGAAUUUGACUUGGAGAAUAUUGUGGCAGCUGCGAGAAUUGUGGGCAAGAAGGUCAAUCUGUUAAUUCGGAUCAAUCCGGAUGUGGAUCCUCAGGUCCAUCCUUAUGUUGCCACCGGGAAUAAGAACUCCAAAUUUGGUAUUAGAAAUGAGAAGCUGCAAUGGUUCUUGGAUGCUAUAAAGGCACAUCCUAAUGAGCUGAAGCUUGCGGGAGCUCAUUGCCAUCUUGGGUCUACCAUCACCAAGGUGGACAUAUUCAGGGAUGCUGCGGUUCUUAUGGUCAACUACAUUGACGAAAUCCGAGCUCAAGGUUUUGAAGUUGAUUACUUAAAUAUUGGAGGCGGUCUUGGGAUAGAUUAUUAUCAUUCUGGUGCUGUCCUUCCCACACCCAGAGAUCUUAUUGAUACUGUUCGAGACCUGGUGCUUUCACGGAAUCUUAAACUCAUCAUUGAGCCUGGGAGAUCAUUGAUUGCAGAUACUUGCUGCUUGGUUAAUCGGGUAACUGGGGUCAAAACUAAUGGAACAAAAAACUUUGUUGUGAUUGAUGGCAGCAUGGCCGAACUUAUCCGUCCUAGUCUAUAUGAUGCUUAUCAACACAUAGAGCUGGUUUCUCCUGCUCCUCCAGAUGCUGAGAUCUCAACUUUUGAUGUGGUGGGCCCUGUAUGUGAGUCAGCAGAUUUCCUGGGAAAGAAUAGGGAACUUCCAACUCCAGCCAAAGGAACUGGUCUGGUUGUUCAUGAUGCAGGUGCUUACUGCAUGAGCAUGGCAUCGACUUAUAAUCUUAAGAUGCGCCCUCCAGAGUACUGGGUUGAAGAAGAUGGGUCGAUUGCCAAAAUCCGGCAUGGGGAAACAUUUGAAGACCAUAUAAGAUUCUUUGAAGGGCUUUGAAUGGUAUCAUAGGUUGUCUGUUGCUGUAGCCUGUAGGCUAAGAUUCUUCUGGUUUUCUCUUAAUGCAAGGUCUUCAUUAUUUGAGACUAGAUGUUGUGAAUUUAAAUAUUGUUUUGCAGCUGCAAAUUAUGUUUUCUUCAGCCUUA